AUGGCGGCGGCGGUUCUUCGGGCUCUUAUGGCGGCGGCUUCGGUUCUUCUGGUUCUGGAGGCGGUUCAAGUAGUGGCGGUCCUCGUGACAGGAGUCAUCAGCGGCCUCGUGGCUGGCGUCCGCCCGACCUCUGGAGGCUUUGGAUCAAGCGGCUUCGGCUCAGGCGGGAGCUCUGGCUCAGGAAACUACGGGUCGGGAGGUUUCGGUUCAGGAGGGUUCGGUUCGGGAGGUUUCGGUUCAGGAGGCGGCAGCAACCAGUUCUACUGCUGCGAGGACUCCAGCCAGACCGCCAGCAAUAUAGCCGUUCACCCGGGAAGUUGCCCCGAAGUGCGCCCGUUUUGCCCGGGAACACGAGGUCUGCCGCCCAAGACUUGCAGCAACGACGGCUCGUGCGGCUGGCAAGACAAAUGCUGCUUCGAUAACUGCCUGAAGCUGCACGUGUGUAAACCUGCUCUAAAAUGGUGAGCCUUGGUUAAAGAUCCAUUAUCAAGCUUUUGAUAAUGACACAAGAUCCUAGUUCAGAGUUUUAGUCUGAGUGUAGCUUCAGUGUUAUCUGUCGUCGUGUAA